UGCCCCAUCCUUGGUGUCAGUGGGGGGAGGAAUAGUGCCCCAUCCUUGGUGUCAGUGGGGGGAGGAAUAGUGCCCAUCCUUGGUGUCAGUGGGGGGAGGAAUAGUGCCCCAUCCUUGGUGUCAGUGGGGGGAGGAAUAGUGCCCCAUCCUUGGUGUCAGUGGGGGGAGGAAUUGUGCCCCAUC